CCAGUCUUGAUUUAGUGGUAGGUUGUUUUCGAUUUCCGGUUAUGUUCGUUUGUUAGCCAAAUAUUUGAAUGUUGUUUUGUUGUUGUUUGGGACAUUCAAUAACAUCCGAGUUAUGAGAUUGAACGACCUAUAUACAGCGUUUUGUUAAUUAUUACAUAGCUAGCUUAUUAGAUAUAUAACUGGUUAAUAAGUAGGUCAUUCGAAGUAUAAACGGGUAGCGAUUAUUGGUCUGUCGUUAAGCUAGCUAGGCUAGCUAGGUUAGCCCAAACAGAAAGUGCAAGCCAACAUGAGAAAUCACGGCCAACUCCGCCAGUGAACACUCAGGGGGAUGGUGUCGAGUGUUGUUGGUCAGUGUGUGUCUGUGAGCAGCGUGUCACCCAGGCAGUGUGAUUGACUAUGGCGGACAGACCUGACGACGAUGACGUCAUCGUCCUGGCCAGCUUCAACAUCCACCGCAGCCAAGGUCGUCGGGCACGCAGGAGGAACUUCAUCACCAUAUCAGAUGACUCUGACGAGGAGCCGGUUCCUCUGGACCCCAAUAGUCCUGUCCUGGUUUCUGACAAACCUGACGAUGAUGACGUCAGCAUACUAGAGCCCCUGAAUCCUGCCCGGCGACGUGUGAUUCGUCCAGCAGCACUGUGGGGUGUGGCUUCUGAAGGCGAUGGACCAAUCAUAGAGCUAAAAGAGGUUGACGGUCAUCGGACUGCACCCCUUCCACCCACCUCACAGUACAGAGACAUCACCGCCCCAUCCACCUCACAGUACAGAGACCGGGACGCCUCCGCCCCCAUCCACCUCACAGUACAGAGACCGAGACGCCUCCGCCCCAUCCACCUCACAGUACAGAGACCGAGACGCCUCCGCCCCAUCCACCUCACAGUACAGAGACCGAGACGCCUCCGCCCCAUCCACCUCACAGUACAGAGACACCUCCGCCCCAUCGACCUCACAGUACAGAGACACCUCCGCCCCAUCCACCUCACAGUACAGAGACACCUCCGCCCCAUCCACCUCACAGUACAGAGACCGAGACGCCUCCGCCCCAUCCACCUCACAGUACAGAGACCGAGACGCCUCCGCCCCAUCCACCUCACAGUACAGAGACCGAGACGCCUCCGCCCCAUCCACCUCACAGUACAGAGACACCUCCGCCCCAUCCACCUCACAGUACAGAGACCGAGACACCUCCGCCCCAUCCACCUCACAGUACAGAGACGGAGACACCUCCGCCCCAUCCACCUCACAGUACAGAGACGGAGACAUCUCCGCCCCAUCCACCUCACAGUACAGAGACGGAGACACCUCCGCCCCAUCCACCUCACAGUACAGAGACGGAGACACCUCCGCCCCAUCCACCUCACAGUACAGAGACCGAGACACCUCCGCCCCAUCCACCUCACAGUACAGAGACCGGGACGCCUCCGCCCCAUCCACCUCACAGUACAGAGACGCCUCCGCCCCAUCCACCUCACAGUACAGAGACGGAGACACCUCUGCCCCAUCCACCUCACAGUACAGAGACCGAGACAUCUCCGCCCCAACCACCUCGCAGUACAGAGACCGAGACACCUCCGCCCCAUCCACCUCACAGUACAGAGACACCUCCGCCCCAUCCACCUCACAGUACAGAGACCGAGACAUCUCCGCCCCAUCCACCUCACAGUACAGAGACCGAGACAUCUCCGCCCCAUCCACCUCACAGUACAGAGACACCUCCGCCCCAUCCACCUCAACCCAGACCAGACAUCAACCCUUCACCAGGCCUGUCCUGCAGGAGGUCAAGUUAGUUUUGCUCCCUCAGGUCCAGCCCCCCGCACCUCCUCAGCCCCAUGCCCGGCCCGAUCCCCCCUACAGCAGCUCCACCCUGGACCCCUCAACCAGCCUCGGCCUCCCCUGUCCCCCCAGGCUCUCCUCCUAACCCAUGCCUUCCAGAUCCAACAACCCAGAUCCCUUCAUCCCCAACCUGUUCCCCAGGUCGCCCCCCAGCCUGUGCCUGCUCCACAGCGGUGUCCUGCGGGCCCCUGUGGCGUCCCUGCCCCCGCCGUGCUGAUAGCUGCUGCCCCCGAGCGUCUGGGCCCCCCAGAGACCGGCCAUCGCAUCACCCUGGGCAGCCAGACUCUUGGGGGCCUUAACCCCCAGUCCGGAGUCCCGCUGCUGACAAACGACCGCCCUCUGUCCCUGGAGCCACAGGUGGUAGUUGUGGUCAACCGGCCGGCCACUCAACCUCCCCUCCCCAUCCCAGCUCUCGCUGUUCCCCUGAACCCUAACCCCAUAGUCCCAGCCCCUGUCGUCCCAGUCGUCCCCAGGACAGCGGAGGAGAGGGCAGGUCCCUCAGACCAACAGGAAGUCCAGGGACCAGAGACACCUCAGCUGCAGCCCCACGUUAGAGCACUGGUCAGAGGAGUGGUGGAUCUGUUUCCUGAUGUCCAGGAGAACUAUGUAGCAGAACUGAUCCAGACCAAUGACCUGAAAGACCUCAAUGUUAUCUGUAACAUGUUGCUGGAGAACCCAGCCUUCCCUCAGAGAGAGAGUUCAGCCUCCGCGGCUCCGAGCAGCAUGCUACUGGAACCCUGCAACGACAACUCACAGUCUGCAGAGGACCUGUUUGACUACGGGUCGUUAGGUCAGGUGGGUUCUGAGGCGGCGAUGCAGGCAGCUGACCUCUUGAUGGGAGACUUCAGGAUGAUUUCCUGUCAGGACAUCAAAUGGAGCCUCAACGCCAUGAAGGGGCACUACGCAAUCACACGCAAGGCCUUAUGUGAAGCGGUGAAGCAGUUUCAAGACUCUGAGUCGUUAGAGAAGAAGACGACGCAGGAGACAGACUGCAGAACGCUGCUAUGUAGACUUAAGUAUCAACAUGUCCAGUUGGACCCUGGUAUCUCUCUCUAUGCAGGUCCCCAGUUGACCCUGUAUCUUCUCUCUAUCAGGUUCGGUGAAGUUGGAGGGAGGAUGUACUUCCUGGAGAAGAACCGUCGCGGCUGCAGGACGUACGGAGCGGCUCUGGACCCCUCGCUGCAGAGGGAGAUCAGCUUCUAUCAGCAGAAAGCCAAGGAGCAUGCUGAGCAUGAAGACUUCCUGCUGGCUCUGCAGGUUAAUGAGGAGGAGUAUGAGAAGGACGGACAGCUGAUAGAGUGUGGGUGUUGCUGUGACUUUGCCUUCGAGAAGAUGACCCAGUGUUCUGAUGGACAUCUCUUCUGUAAGGAAUGCCUGGUUAAAUAUGCCGAGGAGGCCGUGUUCGGGUCGGGACAGUCCUCUCUCAGCUGUAUGGAAGCAGGCUGUCCCUGUUCCUUCCCGGUGUGCGAGUUGGAAAAGGUUUUGCCGGACACGGUGUUGUGUAAAUACUACGAGAGACAAGCUGAAGAGGCCGUGGCCGCGACCUGCGCCGACGAACUAGUACGUUGUCCGUCCUGUAACUUCCCAGCGUUGUUGGAUAAAGGUGUGUCACUGUUCAGCUGUCCCAACCCUCGCUGUCGAAAGGAGAGCUGCAGGAAGUGCCGUGUCCAGUGGAAGGAGCAUGCUGGGAAGUCAUGUGACCAGGUCAUGGAACGAGAUGAGAUACGCAUGAGGGUGGCCUUUGAGGAGCGGAUGACAGCAGCUCGGGUCAGGAAGUGUGUGAAGUGUGGAACAGGUCUGGUGAAGUCUGAGGGAUGUAACAGGAUGUGGUGUCGUUGUGGAAGCUACAUGUGUUACCUGUGCCGAGAGCCAAUCAGUGGAUACAACCACUUCUGUCAGCACGCCCGUUCCCCUGGCGCUCCCUGUAGGCACUGCCGCAAGUGCUCUCUCUGGACAGACCCCACGCAAGAUGACGAGCGCAUCAUUCAGGAGAUUCAGAAAGAGGGCGAGAAAGAGCUCAACAAGAAGAACGCAGAGACUUCAGGGAAGAGAGUGGGCCCGCCCCCGGAACCUGUGGUGGUUGCUAAGCGACCUCGAGCAGCCCCCCCUCCGCAGGCGGUGCGAGCGCCCUUGUUGGUCCCUCCUCGUGUCAUUCUGCCUCAUCGCCAGCCCUUGCCCCCCGCCCCCUACGUGCCCCCACUCCUCCACCUGCCCCCCCUCAACUACCACCCCCCCCUCAACCAGGUCAACAACAACCUGAACAAUAUAGACGUCAACAUGCCCAUGCACUAUGGACCCCCCCCUCGCUACUACAGACACCUAUAACCCUCCUCCUCCUCUACUACAGACACCUAUAACCCCCCUCCUCCUCUACUACAGACACCUAUAACCCCCCU